AUGUUAUCUUUAUAUUCUUUAAACCUAAGUUCAUUAUUAUACUCUAAUAGUUUCUACGCUAUUUCAGAAAAACCAGUUCAGGACUGCUCGGAUUUACGCCGAUGGUGUAAACAAGAUGAAAGUGGGGUGUACAAAAUCUACCCGGCAGGUGGCGAUGGAUUUAAGGCAUACUGUGAUAUGAAGACGGAUGGGGGAGGAUGGACGGUUUUUCAGCACAGGCAAGACGGUAAAGUAGAUUUUUACAAAGGAUGGGAAGACUAUGUGAACGGAUUUGGUAAUCUGAAAACGGAAUUUUGGUUAGGUAAUGACAAACUGUACAAACUAACAUCUAAUGGACAUUACGAGCUCAGAGUCGAUCUGGAAGAUUUUAAUGGUGACAGAGCCUAUGCCAAAUAUUCUAACUUCUCAAUUGGUGACAGGUCAACUAACUACAAA